GACAGCCACGUCCUACUCCAGUGGCCUCCCCGCCCUAACCGCGCGGAGGGGCGGGGCCCAGCCAGCUGCCAGGAAAUGCCCAGGAGUGUGUGUCACCUGCCCCCGACGGCUUGUUGACUCCCUGGGAGCGCUGCCUUUCGGUUUCUGGGCCCCCGAGACCAGAGGACGAUCUCGCUCACCUGUUCCCCGGGCGCGGCCCCGGGCGCUCCUGAGACUCUCCCGGGACUCCUCGCCCCUCAGAUCCACAGCCAUGAGCAAGUUGGGCAAAUUCUUUAAAGGGGGAGGCUCUUCUAAGAGCCGAGCUGCUCCCAGCCCCCAGGAGGCCCUGGCCCGACUUCGGGAGACAGAGGAGAUGCUGAGCAAGAAACAAGAGUACCUGGAAAAUCGAAUCCAGAGAGAACUCGCCCUGGCCAAGAAGCACGGCACGCAGAAUAAGCGAGCUGCAUUACAGGCACUAAAGAGAAAGAAGAGGUUUGAGAAGCAGCUCACUCAGAUUGAUGGCACACUUUCCACCAUUGAGUUCCAGAGAGAAGCCCUGGAAAACUCACACACCAACACCGAGGUGUUAAGAAACAUGGGCUUUGCGGCAAAAGCGAUGAAAGCAGUUCAUGAAAACAUGGAUCUGAACAAAAUAGAUGAUUUGAUGCAAGAAAUCACAGAGCAGCAGGAUAUUGCCCAAGAAAUCUCAGAAGCCUUUUCUCAACGGGCUGGAUUUGGUGAUGACUUUGAUGAGGAUGAGUUGAUGGCAGAACUUGAAGAACUGGAGCAGGAAGAAUUAAAUAAGAAGAUGACAAAUAUCCACCUUCCAAAUGUGCCUUCUUCCUCCCUCCCCGCACAGCCGGCUAGAAUGCCGAGUCGAACGUCAGGCAUGUCUUCUGCUGCACAUCGAUCCCGAGCAGCAUCUUCCAGGAGGGCAGAAGAAGAGGAUGAUGAUAUCAAACAAUUGGCAGCUUGGGCUACUUAAACUACAGUGGAAUUUGUUGACAUCUAAAUUAAUGAACUGUACAUUAGACACACAAAAAACAUGUUUUUGCAAUGUUUAGAAGUUAACAAAGACCUUGUUUUAUAUUUACACUGGAUGAGUAAUUGUCUUUUAAGGCUUGUAGGUAAAAGUUACAAAGAAUCUCAUGUAGACAUAGAAUCAGGGAUGGGAAGAGGCUUCCUGGUAGCAUCUCAGAGGAUCUUUCCAUGCUGAUGGGAGGGGGCAUUCUAUCUUGUUCACCCCUGUAUUUCUAGUCCUGGCACAUACUUGGUGCCCUCUCUACACUUGUUGAAAGAAAACGGAAUUCUAUGUACGCGUAAAAAUGUAUAACAGUUUAUAGGCCAUGUAAGAGUGAUGCGUUGAGGAUAAUAGCUAGAGAAAGUAUCUUUCUUUUCUACAUGAAGCAAGUUUGCUAUGUGUAUCCAUGUUAGAACGUAUCUACCACAUGGUAAAUGCAAAUACACCAUGUCUCUUGUGGAAGAGACUUCACGUAGAGAAGUCUUAUGUGAGUCUAUACAUAGUUUCACUUCAGUUUCACAGUUUAAAUCUUAAAAGAGCUUUAAUUGACAUUUAUUAUGCCAAUUAAGCUUGGAAUGGAGCAAUGGAUGCAUUUCCCAAAAUGUUUGAAAGCACUAACAGCUUACACUGCUGAGCGAGAAUCUCCGGGGUGUAAUUUAGCCACUUAGGAAGCCACGUUAACACUCCCAGGCCAUUAUGACGCUGUUGUGGCUUCUGCGUGCGAAAUGUGUGAAUGUUCAUUCUUUCCUAUUUUGUGCUCUCUUGUAUGUUUAUUUACAAUUUAUGGCACAUUCCUUGUAUAUACAUAAACAUAAAGGCAAUUAAAAGUAUAUCAUGAAUA